AUGGAAUCCGCCUCAUCUUCACAACUAUUAAGAAAGUCGUUCAAAUCGGCUCUCUGCAUAAUACCUCCAGAUAAUUGUUGGCCUCGCAUCCAAAACAUUCGAGUACUUCAUGACAAACAUUAUAAAAGAUGGAUGCCGCAUGUUAAUGUUUUAUAUCCAUUCACGCAUGAUCCACUCAUUCCCGAGCUACAGUCCGUGCUUAAUAACGUCAAACCGUUUAAACUUACAUUCAAAAGUUUGGACUACUUUGCACAUAGUAUAAAUAACGCAACUGUUUGGUUAAAGCCAGAAACCAAUGGCGCAUUGGAAAACUUGGAGGCUGUACUUGUGGAUGCUUUCCCAACAUUUAAUGAUCUAGUGCUUCGUGGAGGUGAACUCGGAUAUGAACCACACUUGUCUCUCGGCCAGUUUAAUGGAGAGAAAAAGGCAUUCGAAGCAAUCAAGAAAUUCACACCAUUAUUUGCUAAUGACCCUAUUGAGUUCAAAGUCGAUAGACUGUGUUUAAUAUCCAGAAAAGACUUUCAUGAUCCAUUUGCGAUUGAUGCAGAAAUUUUAUUUGGUAGUGAGGAUAUUGCUGAUAACGAUUGA